UCUUCCUUCUUCAACACUUUUAGACACAUCUAGAGUCUUACCAAAACUACCACACUGAGCUGCGAUUCAUUGAUAUAAUGUAAGAGCCAUCCAUUCCGCAUGUGCAGUAUUAGCGAAAAAAUCUGAACGGUGCCAACAUAAAUAUCAGAGUUGCAACGCGGAGGAGACGCUUGAUCCUUGACGUCUGUGCGUUUGACGCGGCGUUCGAUACCGCCGUGAAAUGUUGCAUGUGUCCUACCGGCUGAUCUCCCGUGGUCUCCUACGCCCAAACACCUUCGGAUACCGAAAUCAGUGUCUCAAGCUGCAAACGUCGUCGUCGAAUCAAUUCAGCGGAAUUGUUCAAUUGACCGGUAAUUACCGACCCAAUAAGAGUACCGAGCAACAGAACAACGCAGCUGGAACAGUAUCGGUAAUUGUUGAGACCCAUCGACGGCGACGCGGGCCAAUCGUGAUGAGUUCGAGAAAUGGAAGCUCGAAGCCGACCCUGGCAACCAUUCGGGUGUCCAGCUUGACGAAGAAUAUGCACUUUUACAGUGCAACCAAGCGCAACUGGGAUAAGGAUUCGAAGAGCUUGAGACUAAACGAACAACUGGACCGACCACUGGUGCUAAUCUUAGCCUGGCUGCAGGCAACGGAGAAACAUCUCCGCAAAUAUGCCGAAUUCUACGUCGAGCAAGGUUUCGAGGUUCUCGUCGCCCACAUCAGCCCGUGGCAGUUGAUGUGGCCUGUUCAUGGCACACAAGCCGUGGCCGGUGAUAUAGUGAAAUUUCUCCGAAAUAACGACCUCGAACGUGGAAUAGUGCUUCAUGGGUUCUCCGUUGGCGGUUACCUCUGGGGCGAAUGUCUAGUCAAAAUUCAUGAGGAUGAAGCGAACAAGGGCGUGAUGGAAAAAAUCAAAGGUCAAAUCUGGGAUAGCGCAGCAGAUAUUACGGAAAUCCCGGUCGGAGUUCCUCAUGCCGUUCUGCCGAAAAAUCCCACUUUACAAAGUGCUUUGCGCGGCUAUAUAACCUACCACUUGAAGCUGUUCCACGAGGAAGCUACCCAGUAUUAUGAAAAGUGCAACAAGCUGUAUUUUAAUGAACCGGCACACUGCCCUGCUCUGCUUUUGGUUUCCAAAACGGAUCCCGUUGGAACGGAAGCUGCUAACAGGCGACUUAUGGCUACUUGGGAAUCGAUAGGCAUUAAGACGACGAUGAAGUGCUGGGAUCGUUCACCUCACGUAGGUCACUUCCACAAGCAUCGGGACGAGUACAUCGAGCAGCUGCUUUCUCACCUUAGCUCCCUCAACAUUGCAGGUUAUUCACCGAAGGCAAAACUGUAAACCGAAAACCAUCAUUCCAUGACCUGUGAUAAGAAUCGAUAAACCUCUUUGUGUCUCUCUGAUGAACAGUAAUUUGGCUAAGCCUGAACCAAAAAUAAAUGAUUACCAUUUGA